GCGGGAGGGGCGGGGCCGCCGGGGCACCCGCGGGCAGAGCGCGGCCCCAGUCGACUGCGGGCUGCCUCCCGUGCGGCUGGGACGUUCGCGCUCCGUGCAGGGAAGUGGGUGCUGCAGACGUGGGCACCGCGCACGCGUGGGGAGCGGCCCCCGGGGAGCCCGCGCCGGCAGGACUGCGGCCUAGCGCCGCGUGGCGACAGGUGUUCUAGGGCAUCCCUGUCACGUGACCGGGGAGCCCGGCGCGCCCGGCACCUGGAGGGGGCGGGGCUCGUGCAGGCCACACCUCCUCCGGUCCAGGACCUGAGGACGGGGGCGUGGCCAAAGAAGCGUACCUCGAGGGUCUCAGCUGGGGAGGGCCCGGGAAGGGUGCUGGGCACCCUCAAAUUAGGGGAGGAAUGGGGGAACACCCGUCCUCGUACUACUAUGGCAAUAAGAAGGAGGGUGGCGCCCCUGGGAACCGAGGCCCUGGAGGAGAUGGAGGCGUUAGGGAUGCCUGGGGGGAGCCCCAGAUUCGAGCUUGAAAGGAUGAAGGCAGGCAAAUGAGCUCAGAGGGUCUUUGGGUGUGGUCCUGGCCCGACUUCAGAUUGCGGUGGGCGAGCCCCUGCCCCUCUCUCGGUCCCCAGCCCUUCGCCCAUCUCCCCGGUCCUGGAGGGACCAACCAGGGUGCAAGGCCCCACAUCCCUGGUCUGCCACAGGAUGAGCCUCUUGGCCGCGGCCGGGCUGUGGGGCCCGCCCGGGCUGCUCCUGACCUUCGCCCUGCACCCGGCCCUGUGCUUGCGCCCAGCCCCGACCUCCGGGCCCCCGCACCGGGACUACUGCGUCCUGGGCGCCGGGCCCGCGGGCCUGCAGAUGGCCUACUUCCUGCAGCGGGCCGGGAGGGACUACGCGGUGUUUGAGCGCGCCCCGCGGCCCGGCAGCUUCUUCACGCGCUACCCACGCCACCGCAAGCUCAUCAGCAUCAACAAGCGGCACACGGGCAAGGCCAACGCCGAGUUCAACCUCCGCCACGACUGGAACUCUCUGCUCAGCCACGACCCGCGGCUGCUCUUCAGACACUACUCCAGCGCCUACUUCCCCGAUGCGGGCGACAUGGUGCGCUACCUGGAUGACUUCGCAGACAGGCUGGGGCUCCACGUGCUGUACAACACGACCAUUGCCCACAUCACUCUGAACAAGGAUCGGCAGGCCUGGAACGGCCAUUACUUCAUCCUGACGGACCAGAUGGGCCACGCACACCGGUGCAGCGUCCUUCUGGUAGCCACCGGUUUGUCGGUCCCCAACCAGGUUGACUUCCCGGGCUCCGAAUACACGGAGGGAUACGAGUCUGUGUCCGUGGACCCCAAGGACUUCGAGGGUCAGAAUGUGCUGAUCCUGGGGCGGGGGAACUCUGCCUUUGAGACAGCAGAGAACAUCUUGGGUGUCACCAACUUCAUCCACAUGCUGAGUCGCUCCCGCGUCCGGCUGUCCUGGGCCACCCACUAUGUUGGAGACCUCAGGGCCAUCAACAACGGCCUGCUGGACACCUACCAGCUGAAGUCCUUGGACGGGUUGCUGGAGUCCGACCUGACGGAUCUGGCCAUCGUGAAGGACCGUGAGGGCAAGUUCCACGUCACCCUGAAGUUCUUCCUGGAGGAAGGCAACCAGAGCGCCGACGCCAUCACCCUCCCCCAGGACGACAAUGACAACUUCGCCAUGCGCGUGGCCUACGACCGGGUCAUCCGCUGCCUGGGCUGGAACUUCGACUUCUCCAUUUUCGACAAGUCCCUCCGACUGUCUUCUGGAGGUGAGUUCAGCAAGAAGUACCCACUGGUGAAAGCUAGCUAUGAGUCCAAAGGAAGCCGGGGUCUCUUUGUCCUGGGUACCGCCAGCCACUCGGUGGAUUACCGGAAAUCGGCCGGGGGCUUCAUUCAUGGAUUCCGAUACACAGCGCGUGCCGUCCACCGCCUGCUGGAGCAUCGCCACCACGGCGUCGCCUGGCCCUCCACCGAGCACCCCGUCUCACAGCUGACGAGCUCCAUCGUCCGGCGCAUCAACGAGGCUUCUGGGCUCUACCAGAUGUUCGGCGUGCUGGCCGAUGUCGUCCUGCUGAAGGAGAACGCCACGGCAUUUGAGUACCUGGAGGAGCUCCCCGUGCAGAUGCUGGCCCAGCUGGAGACCAUCACAGGAAGGAGGGCCAGGCACGGGCUCUUCGUCAUCAACAUGGAGUAUGGCAGAAAUUUCUCUGGGCCCGACAAGGACGUCUUCUUUCAUGACCGGUCCGUGGGGCACACGGAAGACGCGUGGCAGUCCAACUUCCUCCACCCCGUCAUCUACUACUACAGGCACCUCCCCACCGAGCAGGAGGUGAGGUUCCGCCCUGCCGACUGGGCCCUGCCUCGGCCCACAGCCAUCCACCACAUCGUGGAAGAUUUCUUGACGGACUGGACCGCCCCGGUGGGGCACAUCUUACCUCUGAGGCGCUUCCUGGAGAACUGUUUGGACACCGAUCUGCGAAGCUUCUAUGCAGAGUCCUGCUUCCUGUUUGCCCUAACACACCAGAAGCUGCCUCCCUUCUGCCAGCAGGGGUACCUGAGAACGCAGGGGCUCGUGGGAACUGAGAGCCUCCGGCGGCACGGAGCGGAGCGCAGGUUCCCGCAGGACUAUGCCACCGUGGGCAGGCGCCGUGAGGACGGGGCCCAGGGGCCCGAGGGUGGCCCCCUGGCCCCAGGGCCUCCGCUGCUCCAGCCCCACGACAGCAACAAGGAAGAGUUGUGACAGCCAGCCUUCUCCCACCCAGGCCCAUAGCUGCGCCUCUGUCCCACCAUUGUGGUUGCCGAAGACCACUCAGAUUGUCACAGUGACCAAGAGAACACGCAGGGGGCAUGUCAAGGCUGAGGGAGGCCAGCCAGUGGUCUCCCCUCCGGUCUGGUGCCUGGGAGGCGGGGUCGCCUCCCACAGCCAGGCCCAUCCGCAAGUGGACUGUCCUUGAGCACCAGGCUGGCUCAGUUCCGUCCCCGUCAAGCACCCAGCGGUUCCAUUUCCUUCUGGUCUUCUCUUCAGAUGAACCAGGAUCCCGCCUGCAGAUCGUGUCACAGGCGGAACUGUCCUCAUCUUCCUAAGGGUUUGUGGCAGGCACUUUAUAAAGCAGACGCUCUAUUGUCCUCAACCAUCUCAGGCAGGUGGGACUGUCACCCUUGAUGAAGAUAUCAGCCCAGAGAGGGUAGGUGACUCCCACGAGCCCCUGUCUGGGGUGGCCCUGAGGCCUCCACCCUGCCCACCUCAGCACGGCCUCUGUUCCCAGAACCCAGGGGGGCCAGCCCAGUUUAUCAUCUUAGGCCCAGCCGCUGUCACCAGGCAGAGACGGGACAGCUCCUGCCAAGCCACCUUAUCUAAACAGGUUUCUCCCUGAGCAGCUGUAUUCAGAGCUGCGCCCGCCCCAAGACUGCACUCCCCGACUUAAUCUUCAACCUCUGCGUUCUCUUCUCUUCCCUCCUGCUCGGCACCGUGCCCUUGCCCUCUGGCAUCCCGAACAACACUCUGCCUCUGGCCUGCCCGAGCACGUUUUGUAAAACUGUCACCAUGCUAUCUUUCAGAGAGGAUUCUUUCUGAGGUGAUUCGCCUGCUGUUUGUACGGAGCCUGGCUCAGCAAGGAGGCAUUUCCAACUGCAUUUGUACAAUAAACAAUGCGAUUACUUUCUGGUUCUCUUACCUCUUCUCGCUCUUCUUCCUCCCCAGAGAUCUGCUCCCUUCCUACACUCCUGUCAGGCAUUUUCGUCCCAUUUAGGAGUAGAUCAUGGAAAGGAAAGCAUUUGUACAUAAAAUAAUCAUGGUGAUCUUUCAAAGCUCAGGACCCUAAAUGAUUGCUUCUUCACUGGUUCUUACUGUCCACGUAUGUGUUCAGAAUUCAAGGGACACAGGCUUUCUGGAUCCAGGGCCCUUUUCUGGGAACAUCCUCUUCCUCUUUCAGCCUCCGCCCCCAGGCCCACUGCUUGUCUGCAGACCCCUCUCCCUCCAGUCGUGCAGUUACAGUAGUGACACUCGGCAGUCUGAGCCUGGAGGGGAGUACUUCCCUGGGACGAUACUUGGCAUCAUUUGUCCAGGGCUGAGCCAUCUAAGGAUCUCUCUCUAACCCCAGGGGGCUGGGUUCGCCAUAGUUCAUACAAAUUACAUGUAAACCAGAUAUGGGGCCCGUCAGCCUGGCCGCCCUUUUCCAAAACGUUUUGUAAAACAAAUCCUUGAAUUCAGACUGUCCUGUAAGGUCACACACAUCACACACCUAACCAGUUACCAACGGCGGUAAGCUCCUUGUGCCAAUAAAAGUUCAAGGUCCUUCAACAAAUAAUUCACUGAUGCCUGUGUGACAUCUGCUCCCAUCAUCUGCCAGAUCGUGAAUUCCAUCAGAAUUUCAGCCAGCCUUGUUUGUGUUUCAUAAGACAUGGUUUCAUGGGUUAGCUGAUUAGAGAUGCCUUCCCUGGUAUUUUCCUUGUAAAACUGAUAAGUAAUUUGGAAAAGAAAAUAGGGGCGCCUGGGUGGCUCAGUCGGUUAAGUGUCCGACUUCGGCUCCGGUCAUGAUCUCGCAGUUCGUGAGUUCUAGCCCCGCGUCGGGCUCUGUGCUGACAGCUCGGAGCCUGGAGCCUGCUUCGGAUUCUAUGUCUCCCUCUCUCUCCGACCCUCCCCCGUUCAUGCUGUCUGUGUCUCAAAAAUAAAUGUUAAAAAAAAAAAUUCAAAAAGAAAUCUCAUUUCAAACCCCUAGUUCAUGCUAUACUUCGAAAUUAAUUCCUGAGGAAUUUUUUAAAAGCCAUACAGAAACUGGGGGCACCUGCGUGGCUCAUUUGGUUAAGUAUCCAAGUCCGGCUCAGGUCAUGAUCUCAUGGUUCGUGGGUUCGAGCCCCGCAUCGGGCUCUGUGCUGACGGCUCAGAGCCUGGAGCCUGCUUCAGAUUCUGCCUCUGUCUCCCUCUGCCCCUACCCCACUCACAUACUGUUUCUCUCUCUCAAAAAUAAAGACAAAAGAAAAAAAAAAGCCACACAAAAACUGGAGGUGGAGAAGCGGUGCUAUGACAAAAGAAAGGACUGUCCCAAGUUUAGAAGCCAUGAAAUGAUUCCCCAGAGGAAAAGGUUUUACAUUUCCAGCCCAUAGUUAAGUUUCUUAAAUUCCACUUAGUUAACAUAUAGUGUAAUAUUGGUUUCAGGUGAAAUUUCUUUUUUCCUUUUUUUUUUUCCUUAAGUAAUCCCUACACCCAAUGGGGGGCUCGAACUCACAACCCCGAGAUCAAGCGUCCUCCUCUCCACCAACCAGGACAGCCAGCCACCCCCACCCCAGCCAUAUUUCAUUAAUGGGACUCUUAAAGGGGUAGAGGCGCCUGAGUGGCUCCAGUCAGUUAAGCAUCCUGACUCCUGAUCUCGGCUCACAUCCUGAUCUCACAGUUCGUGAGUUCAAGCCCCGCGUUGGGCUCUGUGCCAGUGAGAAAAAGGACUAGCCAAGCAAACUAUGGACAUUCACCCAACAAAAUACUACGCGGCUCUCAAAAACGCCCAGAGGUGAAGACCGUGCGGUAAAGAUACACGUGUGACAAAGUCCAGCGGAAAGAAGCAGGACAUGAAAUUAUAGUUGUGAACUACUUAGAACUAUAUAAAACUAGAAAGCCACCC